GCAGUCCUUGAGCCAAGAAUAAAGUGCAAGCAAUUCACUAAGGAAGUUCUCCCAGGCGAAACAGUAAGAAAGUGGGAAAAGUGGAAAUUAGAACGAGAAGAAGUCAAGCAGAGAUAAUAUCAGCCAAAGAAAGCUCCGUAAGUGGUAAUCAAGGAAGGAAGCUUAUUUAAAACAAAUCACUGUAAUUGAGACUAUCUGGGUCGUCCUUGCCGGAAGGAACCAUGAAUUGGUAUUUUCCCUUCUUCCUCUUGGCCACGGUGACUUUGCCCUCCAUCUGCUCCCAGUUCAAUCCUCUGUCUCUUGAGGAACUAGGCUCCGACCUGGGGAUCCAGGUUUUCAAUCAGAUCAUCAAGUCACGGCCUCAUGACAACAUCGUGGUUUCGCCCCAUGGGAUUGCAUCGGUCCUGGGGAUGCUUCAGCUGGGGGCGGACGGCAGGACUAAGAAGGAGCUCACCACGGUGAUGCGGUACAGCGUGAACGGAGUUGGUAAAGUGUUAAAGAAGAUCAACAAAGCCAUCGUCUCCAAGAAGAAUAAAGACAUCGUGACAGUGGCUAAUGCGAUGUUUGUCAAGAAUGGCUUGAAGACGGAAGUGCCUUUUGUUAUGAGGAACAAGGAUGUGUUUCAGUGUGAAGUCCAGAAGGCGGACUUUGAGGAUCCAGUCUUUGCCAGUGACUCCAUCAAUGACUGGGUUAAGAAUGAAACCAGGGGUAUGAUUGACGAUCUGCUGUCCCCAGGUCUUAUCGAUGCUGUUCUCACCAGACUGGUCCUUGUCAAUGCAGUGUAUUUUAAGGGUUUGUGGAAAUCACGAUUUCAACCUGAGAACACAAAGAAACGUACAUUCAUGGCAGCUAAUGGGAAUUCCUCUCAAGUGCCAAUGCUGGCCCAGCUUUCUGUGUUCCGGUGCGGGGCUACAAGCACCCCCAGUGAUGUGUGGUACAACUUCAUCGAACUGCCCUACCACGGGGAAAGCAUCAGCAUGCUGAUUGCGCUGCCCACCGAGAGCUCCACCCCACUGUCGGCCAUCAUCCCGCACAUCAGCACCAAGACCAUAGACAGCUGGAUGGGCACCAUGGUGCCCAAGAGGGUGCAGGUGAUCCUGCCCAAGUUCACAGCUGUAGCACAAACAGAUUUGAAGGAGGCACUGAAAAUUCUUGGCAUCACUGAGAUGUUUGAUCCAUUAAAGGCAAAUUUUGCAAAAAUAACAAGGUCAGAAAACCUUCAUGUUUCUCACAUCUUGCAAAAAGCAAAAAUUGAAGUCAGUGAAGAUGGAACCAAAGCCUCAGCAGCAACAACUGCAAUUCUAAUUGCAAGGUCAUCGCCUCCCUGGUUUAUAGUAGACAGACCUUUUCUAUUUUUCAUCCGACAUAAUCCCACAGGUGCUGUCUUAUUCAUGGGGCAGAUAAACAAACCCUGAAGAGUAUACAAAAGAAUCCAUGCAAAGCAAAGACUGCUUUGCAAUGAAGAAAAGACUCCUUUCUUACAUCUUUCAUAGUUCUGUUAAAUAUUUUUGUACAUUGCUUCCUUUUUCAAAACUAGUUCUUAGGAACAGACUCAGUGAUGCAAGCAUUUCUGUUCUGGGUGGUUUUAGAAGAAAAAAGGGCAGGAUGGCUGGAACACUGCACUGAGGAAUGAAUAGAAAGGCUUCAAAACGUCUAAAAGAUUCUUUAAACUACUGAAUGGUUACCUAGGUUAACAACCCUCCUCAGUAUUUGCUGUCUGUCCAGUUCAGAAUUUUUGUUUUGUUUUGUUUGUAUGUGUGGCUUUUCAGAAGAAAUUUAAUCAGUGUGACAGGAAAAAAAGAAAAAAAGACAUUUUAUGGUAGCUUUUACAUUUUUAUGGAAAAAAAUAUUAUUUGCCUUUUUAAAUCUUUUCCCCAUCCCCACCCAAAGUCUUGUUAGAAAGCAUUAUUUUGGGGAUAGAAAUAGUGAAUCUGUAGCCUCUUUGUGUUUUUAUUGUUGUUGUUGAUGUUGUUUUAUAUAAUGCAUGUAUCCACUUAAAUAAAGUUUAAAAAACUAAUGUCUUGCUAGACAAGGUUUGCUGUUGUGCAGUGUGCCUGUCACUACUGGUCUGUACUCUUCGGAUUUGCAUUUUUGUAUUUUGUACAAAGUGAAAAUAAAGUGUUAUAAGUAGUAAAAAAACAAA